AUGCUUCAUGGACGUUUAACUGUUCCGGGUCAUUCGUUAACAGCCUUGGAAUCAAUAUUCGGCUGGGUCAUUAUCGGAAAGACUAAAAGUGUAUCACAAACAAUUGUAUCUAAUCAUGCUAGUUGUACCAAUGUUCAGCUCCAGCUUGAAAAAUUUUGGAAAUUGGAAGAAAUUUCGGAGAUAAAGCAUUACACAGAAGAGGAAAUUGAGUGUGAAAAUCAUUUCAAGCGGAAUUUUUCUCGUGAUUCAACAGGUAGAUUUGUUGUUAAGUUUCCAUUUCGUAGUAGAUCGGGAAAUGAACUUGGGUCAUCAAGGGAUGUUGCUGUACAUCGUUUACAAAGCAUUGAACGUCAAUUUAUUAAGAAUAAAUCUCUUUCCAGUCAAUAUCACAAAUUUAUGGAGGACUAUCAACAACUUGGUCAUAUGGAAUUGAUUCCAGAAAAUGAAAUUGAUGUUCCAGCUAAUUCUAGUUUUUACCUUCCGCACCAUUCAGUUCCGGAUAAAAAUGGUGAUAAAAUUUCGAGUCGUAUUUGA